UUUUUUUUUGGGCUGCUCUCAGCUGAAGCCAGUCUGUUUGGCAGCGGCUCAGCGCUCCUUACCGAAGCUCUCCCUCCGCCGCCGCCGCUGCUGCUCACUCAGCGUCUCCGGCUCCUCUUCCUUCUCCUCAGCUUCGCGGCGGAGCGCUGCUGUCAGGUUGACCGUGUGGACGGACACAUGGCAGCAGCAGCCAUGGAGCAGAAGCCGUACAUCGAGUACCACGACCUAGAGGCCGCUGAAGCGCUCGUGAGCAUGAGCUUCUUGGGUCAAGGGACACACAAGCCCCGGCCACUGACGCCCACCUCAGACUCCUGUGACUCCAUCCAGCUCCACCCAGAGGGCGGAGACACCCCCAAAGACCUGAUCGCCCUGUCCUCGCUGUGUAUGACUCCACCUCACAGUCCAAGCUUCGCCGAGGCCUCCACCACCCCUGUCCUCACCACCGCCUCUGCUGUGAGUCCCACCUCCAAAACGUUAUCCUGCCCCGCCCUCCAAAGCGACCUCCACGUCGGCACCUCAGAAACCUCAGCACUUCCACCUCACCCAGAGUCGACCUGUGUGGCUCCACCCAGCAGAGCAAUGGUCACCAGUGUCAUCCGCCACACCGCCGACAGCCUCAGCCUUCCUCUGCCCGACUCCGAGCCAACAGAAACCUCCACAACACCUCUGCUGCAACCUCCGCAGACACCUCCAGAGGAGAAGGAUGAGCCUUCUCUGACUCCUGACACCCCGCCCUCACCUCCCGCCUCAGUUUCCCCGCUUCACUCCUCCCAGCUGUCUUCCUCUCCAGUGUCCUCACCGCUGCUCUGCCAGGUUUUCCCGGUGAGCAGCCGAACGGGGAUGAUCUCCGCCUUCGUCCAGGCUCCGGUUCAGGUGCAGACGGCGGGCAGGCCCAAGCCCAUCCUGCCCCAGUCUCCCAGUUCCAGCUUCGCCCAGCCGCUGCUGUUGGGCUCCGCCGUGCCGCAGGGGACCGUGAUGUUUGUCGUGCCUCAGCCACCCGUGCACCAGCCGCAGCCAGGCCCGCAGACCGUUAUGACCCUGGGUAACACCAAGCUCCUCCCCCUCGCCCCGGCUCCUGUUUACAUGCCGUCAGGAGCGAGCAGCGGUGUCUCACAGGCUGACUUCUCCCGCAGACGAGACUACGUGUGCACCUUCCCCGGGUGCCAGAAGACCUACUUCAAGAGUUCACACCUGAAGGCUCACCUGCGCACACACACAGGUGAGAAGCCGUUUAGCUGUCACUGGGAGGGCUGUGACAAACGGUUCGCCCGCUCUGAUGAGCUUUCUCGCCAUCGCCGCACACACACUGGUGAGAAGAAGUUUGCCUGCAGCGUGUGUGACCGGCGAUUCAUGCGCAGCGACCACCUGACCAAGCACGCCCGGCGGCACAUGACCACCAAGAGGGCAUCAUCGUGGCCCAGCGAAACUCAAGACCUCAGCAAAGGCGGCCUGCCUAAUUGCCAGAAUAGAGGCCCAGCGCUUCCUAUUGGUGUGCUGGUCCCUGCCACAACUAACAAACAGACUAAUGGUGCCCAAAGGGCCAACUCAGAACCCCGGGGAGGGGCCGACCACUGACUAGACUCUUAAAGAGCGACUGUGACUGGUCGUUUCAAUCAGCUCCGCCCACCACAUCAGGACGAUGUUUUCUACUCGGCUACGUUUACACAACCUCAGAACAGGGUCAGACACACCUGGACUCGGGUUACAGGGACCUGUUCUGCUCACUUCCUGCUCUGCAGGGUCAUUCUGCAAGGGUAGCUUUGCAUAAGUCGUAGUUAAAAAUAAUCCUCAGAACUGAAACCCACCCUCAGUUUAUUCUCUCUGAAACAAGCCUCUCUCUUUAAGACCCCCCACCCAAAAAGCCCACUUGCUUCUUAUUGGCCAGCCUCUGGAAGCCUGAUGAGGGGGAGCACAUGGGUAGACAGUCGAUUUAGUUCAACCACCAACAGCUGCUUCCUGUACUCACACAGUAACAGCUUCACUGUGAGAGAAACUUAAGGACAUUAGUGUUGUUCACAGUGGGAUUAACAGGAAGUGAAUGGCUGUUCCAUUUAAGGAAAUCCAUCACUAGCUGAUGUCAGCUUGUCACAGAGGUAGAAAAACCUGCUGCCAUUUGAAAAGGGAUGACUGGCUCACAUUUACCUGAAACUGUUUCAGCACACGUGAUGGACAGGAAAGCAGAACAGGUCCCCUCAGGAGUUUCUCGUUAAGGCAGGAGGAGGAGGAGGAGGCGCUCAGAUUAAUCUCUUUUUUUCUCUGUAUUCAUGCGGCCGUGGGUCAAACGAAGAGUGCGCGUAUCAGAUCCGAGUGUAGCCGUUUUCCUGUCACUUUUGUUCAUGUAGACGUAGCCGUCGGCGGAGAACGGCGAGUCUUCUCCGCCCUACUCAGGACAUUUUAUUCCCACAAACCACAAACACACCGCCGCAGGAGGAGGAGGACCUGAAAGCACCAGGCUGCUGCUCACGCACGGACAGACGCCCACGGAAAGCCGACGUUGCACUGGAAUAUUUUUGAAUCUCGCUUGUUUUUGUACUCUCGCCGCGUAUCAUCACGUUUACUUCACUUUACUGCACUCUUAAUGUUCGCCAAAGCCUCGGUGUCGUGCUUCUUUCUGACUGUACAUAUUGUAAAUAUAUUGAUAUCUAUAUGAAUGUUACGUGUAUUCCAAUCUGCAUUUAUUGACAGUACGAGAUAUUGAUAUUUUAAAAAAGUCAGUGGACAGUAUUCAUCACUGUGAUACUACCUACUAUCUUUGCUUUACACAUUAUUAUUAUUUAAUAAACAUUUGUUGAGGAAAAGUGCUGUUUUUGAUAGCUUGGUUUUUUUGGCCCAUAGUGUAGCCAGUAAAAAUACCUCAUGUUAUUAAAUGUUAUUCUAAAUAAUAACAGCUUAUAUUAAAAUAAUCCUUUUUUUCUGAGUAUUUGCCUGUAGCCAUGGUGAUGGUGCAGAAAACAGCUUUUAUAAUAAAAGGUUACCGAAGCUCG